UUCGCAGUAUUCAGGUUCUUUUCUUGAUCGAUGCUUGUAGUUGCAGAAGCUGGAGGAUGUUCUUUUGUUGGAAAUAUUUCUUUGAUGCAUUUCCAAAACUUUGCCGGGCUUUUACAAUUCUCGUGUAGAAGAUCCUUGUGGUAUUUCUGUUUUGCUUGUUUCACUUUGUUGUUACAAGAAUUUUAAAGUCUUUUGUAAGUCGACCAGUCACAUUCAUUUUUCGAUUUUCUCGCUUUGCGAAGCAACUUGUCCCUUGUGUUCAUGAGCGCUUUCAAAUCAUUAGUAAGCCAUGGACAGGACCUACCCUUGACACGUUUUGUAAAACAGUUGAGUAAUAAAAGUUUCCUGUGACAUAUUAUAGGUUAGUGCAAAAAUUACAUGGAUUCUGUUGAAGCUCAAAAGCUGUGGAAACCAAAAUUAUUUAGCUGCACUGUGUUACAACCUAAAGAUGAGUUGGAAGAUCGAUUAGAUAAAUGUCAUGUGGUUGUUAUUAACUUGGUAUCAGGCUCAUCUGAAAGGGAAAACCAUGAUGCAUUAAAUCAAGCGGUAUGUAAGGGAAUGAAAGAGCAUGAGGAGAUAUCCCUGGGUUUGCUGUACACAAUAUUAACUGAACAAGAAAAUGCACCUAAGGCAUAUCGAGAUUUAUCUUUUGUAUCAAGAGAUGGAUUAGCUUUGGUUGGUAAUAAAGUUCAACAAAUAUUGACCGAAAAAUUUCAGCGAUUGUUAGAUUCACCAAAAGCACAGUGUUUGUGGUUAAUUGGCGAGAUGAUGAAAAACCAAGUACAGAAUCUUGAAAUGACUAUUCACAUUCUCCUGCGUCAAAUAGCUGGUGGUGAUCACAGUCCUGCAAAUAUAUGGUUAGUUGAAAAUGUAUUAAAGCUGAUGAAAGCUAACAGACCAUGGCUGGAAAAGAAUCCUGGCUCCUUACAAUUGGUUAUUUACACGUAUCUUCGCAUAAUUGAGGAUCAUGAGGGCCCUCGCUUUAAAGUUUUACGGCAAUCAGAAGUAGAUUUUUGCGUUACGCUAAUAAGAGAUAGGUUUGGUGAUUGUUUACAAAUUGGUCGAGAUUUUGUUCGUCUUCUUCAGAAUGUGUUCAGAAUUCCAGAAUUUACAAAAUUGUGGAAGGACAUGUUGUUUCGACCGAAAUCUCUAUCAUCGCAAUUUACAGGAUUACCACAGCUGUUGAAUACACGGACCUCUCGGAAAUUUUUGGCCAGUCGAAUGACAAUUGACAUGGAAAACAAAUUAGCAUUUCUUGCGUUGAAAGUGAAAUUUGGAUUACAAAAACGCUAUCAGGACUGGUUUUUUCGACAGUAUUUAUCAAAUGCAGAAAGUCAAACCUUACUACCAGAUAUUGUUAGGUUCAUAUGUGGUGUGAUACACCCACCUAAUGAAAUUCUAGCAUCCGAUGUUAUCCCUCGAUGGGCUAUUCUUGGCUGGUUAUACACCGCAUGUCAAAAUCCAGUCACUCAAACAAAUAUGAAACUUGCACUCUUUUUUGAUUGGCUAUUUUUUCAAGGUGAAAAGGAUAACAUAAUGAAUAUCGAACCAGCUAUGCUGCUGAUGCAUAAUUCCGUUCGCACACAUCCAAAUAUAACAUAUAGCCUUUUGGAUUUCAUCUGUCGGAUGUCAAAACAUUAUUCACUUCAAUUUUCUAAUUUAACGAAGCAAGGUUUAUUUAACUCGUUCAAGAGUAUUCUGGACAAAAGAGUCGUAAGUUCAUUAAGUCCAGUUCUUAAGAGUAGUCGCAUGGAUAAAGAAUUAAAGAUGUUGAUCAGUGAAACUUUACCAUCUUUUGUUGUUGUCGAUCGAUCUGCAACAUCGACAUCUGACGAAUCUUCAUCAACCACUCCUCCACAAUCACCAACUAUAGAUCCAUCCAAAGAUUUUUCACUUAACUUAAACGAACAAGCAUCAGGUGGAUUAUCAAUUGUUGAGAUUGCAGACGAGAGUAGUACAGAUGAAGCUGUGUUUUCUGAUGAGGAUGAUGACGACAAAGCAGCUCCACCACCACCACCACCACCUCCUGAUAAAAAAGAAAAGGUCGCUUCCAUACAAUCAUCAUCAACGUCAAAUUCUUCUUUUCGUCCAAUUGCAAUUAAAGAGGAAGAUUUUGAGACAAAAGUGGAUGAAGGUUUUGUUGGUGAUGAUGUUACAGAACUGGAAGAAUUUCAGAAUCUUGACAGCAACUUAUUGAAAGAUAAUCUGUUAAAGUUAAAAAAUGAAAAAGAGGAAUCAUCGAAAGCUGAAGCAAUGGAAGCCAUCAUAUCAAAUAUUGAAUCCAUGGGUGAUUUUGAUGAUGAGAUAGCAUCACCACUAUGUGUCUGCUUAGCAAACUGUUUAGCUGAUGAUUUAGCCUUGCCAGUUUUGCCAGAUAGUAUAACUGAAAAAACAAUUGAGGGAAGUUUAGAAAGACCUCAAUAUGCUAUUUUCAGAGCUAUAUGUUCACUUUCAAAGAAUGAUGUAAAUCGAGAAAAUCUGUAUGUCCUAUUGAAUGGUAUUCAUGAAAUAGAUGAAAAAAUUGGAUAUCAUUUUCUGUAUUUUCUGAAGGCUUGUUACAAUGACCCAGAAAAGUUUUCUGUGUAUGAAGAUUACGUUAGCUAUUUUAAAGAUCGAACAUUAAAGACAGUACUCACGCAAGAUAUGAAGGCAUGUUAUGAAUACGAUCCUGCAUUGUUUAUGUAUCUUAUUGAAAUGAUAUUUAAACACUUCCAUGAAGUUGCUGUUGGCAACAAGGAAAUUAUAAAAAUGCUAGUUGCUACAGUUCACCCAAACGAGAUGAACGCGAUUUUGAGUGGCAUUUUACUUGAAGACCUGUCAAUAAUCGGUGAGAAUCAAGUCGGCGGCUUGUUAGAGGCGUCAUUGGAGUGGACUGCAUUUGAGCAAUCUUGUUUAUGGCAACUUAUCAAUGCUGAAGAGACUCCUAUUGAAAUGUUGAUUGGUAUCUUACCAGAACUGAAAGCCAAAAAGCAUGCAGAAUCGCUCAAUCAAUUGCUUCUACAACUCAGAGCAGAAAGCCCUCAGAUGGAGAUCAUCAAACCAGUGUUAUGUAUGGAUGUUGAAGGGAGUGGGAAAAACUUCAGUUUGUGUCUGUUUAAAACGUGGUGUCAUUCAGAAGCACGUGAAUUAGCUCAUGUCUUGGCGCAACUACUCACAAAACCAAACCCUACUGUGAAGAAGAGACAAGGAAAUUCAUCAACUCGUCACAAUCCUACGUUGAAUCAAAUUGUUCUCCAUUUAAAUCAAUUUUACAAACAUCUACAAAGUUCGGAAAAAGACAGCAAAAGCAAAGAUAUGUCGCUGUUCAAAUACGAGUCUCUUCGAUACGCACUUACACAAGCUAAAAAGAAUGUCACAGACCAGGACAUCAAGACCAAAUGUAAGCCUUUAUUUGCGGAAUUCACCGAGCUACCUACACGGUCAAAUCGUAAGCGCAAAAAUCAGCGAGUUACUCGAAGUCGAAGAGGUGGUCGAGUUAGGAAAGAGGAGUCAUCAGAAGAAUCUGAAAGUGAUGACGAGGACGAAGAUGAGGAGAGUGACGAAGAUAGCGAAGAAGAGGAAGAAGAAGAAGUAGUGGAAACAAAAACAAAAGGACGACCGCCUUCAAAGAAACGAAGAAAAGCCUCGAAAAACCUUUCAUCAGACGAAGAAGAUUGAAUAAAGAAGUUUUUAGAGUCGACUCGAUUACUACAAGUAUCUCGAUAACUACCAGUAUCUCAUUAAAUCUGUGAAAUUACGCCGUUGCAAAAGUGGCUUGAAAACGCGGAUAUCGAUGCAAAGUUGACACUUGUUGUGACGAGUAGUUAUCGGUUAAGGCGUUGUAAUGAAACAGUGCACUCGAAAUAUUUCGCCGUCGGAAGUGAUCACGUUUAGAUACAAAAACAAUAAAAAUGUAUAUCUUGUAUCUAGAGGAAGUAUUGUUUAAUGCUGUG